AAAAACUACAAACACAUAUCAACCCUUCUCCCCCUCCCCUUUUGUAAAAAAUAAAUCAUUUUAAACGAGUUAUUUAAAAAAAAGUCUGUUUAAUCGGAAGGAAGUCUGUUUCUCUGCAGUUGAUACAAUUCGCUAAUUCCAAUCGGGGUUCCUUAGUCAGAACACAUUUCAACUUUUCUUUUUAAUGGCGUCCAGUUCUAAUAGAGGUGGUCGCUACUAUGGUGCUGCUCCAUAUAGAUCGAGUGAAGGGCUUAGCACCAGACAAGGGACUGGUUCUGAUGAAAUUCAACUGCGCAUUGAUCCAAUGCAUGCUGAUCUAGAUGAUGAGAUCAGUGGCCUCCGAAAGCAAGUUAGGCAGUUAAAGAAUGUAGCCUCAGAGAUCGAGUCAGAGGCCAAAUUUCAGAAUGAGUUUAUUAACCAGCUGCAAAUGACCCUUAUCAAAGCACAAGCAGGAGUGAAGAACAACAUGAGGAAAUUAAACAAGAGCAUCAUCCUGUCUGGUUCAAGCCAUGUUUUGCAUGUCGUCCUCUUUGCCCUUUUUUGCCUCUUUCUUGUCUAUAUCUGGUCCAAGUUUUCACGAAGAUGAUAGGUAAGAUGUAUUCCAUAAGCGUAAAAUAUGUUUUAUUUGAAGAGUUCAAGGGUUCACCAGAUGCUAGCAAAUACUACCUUAAACUGCGCGUUUCUUUACAUGUAAAGAUUACAACUAAUGUGAUACAUUACAAAGGGUCUUAUCUC